GGCAUGGGUGCGCCGCCGCCACCGUUUUCCACUGUUGCAAGUCCGUUCGCUCUGCAAUUCAAACAUGCUUCCACAGAUUCGAAAUACCGACCACCCCUGCUGCCCCGCGCACGCCCGCCCUACCAUCUCCUCCGGCCACGGUCUCCAGCGAGCUCCGGCGGCGACGAGGCACACGUGUAUUCUCAUGAACGAGCCCCGCGCUCUCCGUUCUGCCGCGAAGCGGUGCGGUCGCAUGUGCCUAGACGCGAGGCCGGAACCGUACGGCAGGUUGCGCGGGGGACGCAACGUGAAUACGUGACAGACACGGCGCCCGCGCGCGGCCGGCCCGAGCAUAUCCAGCCGUCCGCGCGACGAUUCCGUGGCGCUCUCCGCCUGCUCCGGCUCCUCCGUCCGACGCGUCGCGCCUCGGCGGCCUCGUGUCGUCUCGUCUCCUCCUAGAAAUAUCCAAGCGCCAACGCGACCUGAGCAGAGCCCCAUUCAGGCCACCAGUCCACCACCGCUGCGGCAGCUGGUUCCCAUGACAGGGAAAGGCGGCGAGGGUGCGGUCGGGAAGGUGACCUGCGCGGCGUGGAUACGGAGGCGGGGCGAUGAAGGGCUGGCCGGCGUCAGCCGCCUUCUCGUGGCGUGCGGCCGGGGCGCCACGGCCUCGUCCGCACCGCUCCUUGACCUCCUCGCGUUCGACGCCAGGGCCUCCGAGCUCGCCGCCGAGCCCCUGGCGAGGGUCGUGGUGGGCGAGGAGGGAGCCGACGCGCCGCGCGCGAUCGCCAUGCACCCCGGUGACCGGGAGUUCGUGUGUGCCACCGCUAAAGGGUGCAGGCUAUUCAAGAUGGUGUAUAAAGAAUUAGGUAUUCACCUUAUUUCAAGAGAUGCUUCACCUCUCCAAUCUGUUGGGCCUCAGAAAUGUUUGGCAUUCAGCACCGAUGGUGCUAAGUUUGCUAUUGGUGGUGAGGAUGGACAUCUCAGAAUAUUUCACUGGCCAAGUCUCAAUAUGAUUUUGGACGAACCUAAAGCUCAUAAAUCCUUCCGUGACAUGGACAUCAGCUUAGAUUCGGAGUUCUUAGUUUCGACAUCCACUGAUGGUUCUGCAAGAAUAUGGAAGAUUAACGAGGGGACUCCACUGGUCAAUUUGACAAGAUCUCCGGAUGAGAAAAUUGAGUGUUGCCGCUUUUCUAGGGAUGGAACUAAACCCUUUUUGUUUUGCACACUUGUAAAAGGUCAUGAUGUUUUGACUAUGGUUUUGGACAUAAGUAAUUGGAAGAGAAUCGGAUACAAAAGACUUUCGGCAAAGCCCAUUUCCACACUCUCAGUUAGCUUGGAUGGGAAGUAUCUCGCACUAGGAAAUCGUGAUGGUGACUUUUGUGUCGUGGAUGUAAAGAAGAUGGAAGUUUCUCACUGGAGCAAGAAGGUUCAUCUUGGCUCUCCAAUUUCUUCCAUUGAAUUUUGCCCUACUGAAAGGGUUGUAAUCUCCACCUCACAUCAAUGGGGAGCAGAGAUAACGAAACUCGACGUUCCUGCUGAUUGGAAAGUGUGGCAAAUCUGGCUAGUACUCUUAAGCCUCUUUGUGUCGUCGGCCGUCCUCUUCUACGCGUUCUUCAAGCACGCACGAAUCAACUUGUGAAGCCAUGCGUUCCAGAAAAGAACUUGUGAAGCCAUGGAGGACACCUCAAUUUUCUGAUAGGUCCAUGCUACCUUCGGCGUGGCUGUCGCUGACCGCGAUAAUAGCACCCUGUUGUCCUGUCGAGCUUUCCUCAAACCACUACUCGUUUCUGAAUGUUGUUCCAACCCCGAUUCUAGUUACUACAGCGCCACCGAGUUUUGUACCUGAAUUGAGUCACAUUUUGCCUUAGAUUGAUGUUGACGCUUUCAAUAAGUGAAAAAGAAACACACGCGUUACAUUCUGUUCC